AUGCGAGCAUCAUCGAAUAAUCAUUAUCAAAAAUCUUUACCCUUUACUGAUAUUCAAAUUCAUAAGAAUGAAUCCUCGGAACAUGAUACAGGUUAUGAUAGUCUAUCAAAUCAAUUUGAAAACCAACAAAAAAUAAAUAGUACUGCUGCUCUUUCACCAUCGUCGUCAUCAUCAAAUAAUCAAGUUGUUCGUAUAUUGGAUCUAGUAAAAAACAUUCCAUCACCUACAGAUAUAUCAAUUACAAAUGAAACAAGUUAUAUACCUCCAUCAAUAGCCGAACGUAUUGCAAAAUUGCCUACAAAAACUCAACCAACAACAACAACAAUACCCAUUCGUAAAACUAAUCGCACACGUAUUCAACCAAUACCAGAUUCUACAAGUGAUAGUGCAGAUUCAUUUGUUUUAUCACAUCCUGUUGUAGUUCUUUCAUCAUAUCGACAACAAAUAUCACAAGCACCAACAAUAUCAUCGAUUAAUAUUCCAUCAUUUGGUGGAAAUUUAGAAUAUAUACAUGAUAAUCGUUAUGAUUCAACAACAACAGUUGAUCAUGUUAAAAAUGAUGUUAUUGCUAUUGAAUUAAUGGAACAAAAAAAAAAACAACAACAACCAAGUCAUACAUUAGAUACUCAUCUUCAUAAUAAACAACAAUUAUCAUGGAUAUAUCGGUUAGGUGAAUCAAUACGUUUAUUACCAGCUAAUGUUCUAGCUGUUGUUUUUAUUGGAUUAAUUGGUGGACUUUUUGUUUCAGCUAUAUUUAUUAUUAUUAUAGCAUAA